AUGGCUGCUGAAUUUGGCAAGGAUCAUGUCAGCAUACAGGUUCUCACAGAAACUGGCGCACAGUACUCUCAAGUUGUGGGCUUUGUGUACGUGUUUAACCUGAUUGUGGGCACUGGAGCUCUGACCAUGCCUGCGGCAUUCAAGGAAGCUGGCUGGCUGCUGAGUCUGCUGGCCAUUAUUCUGCUAGCCUUCGUGAGCUACAUGACCCUCACAUUUGUGACAGAAACUAUGGCCAUCUCUAAUGCCAAACUGAGGCUGCAGCAAGUCCUUUCUCAGAGUUCUAGAGAGGAGUCUGUAGAUGUGUCCGUGAAUGUAGAUGAGAGACAACCACUGUUGAAGCCAAAAGUUGUCUAUACUGAUGUCAGUCCUAGUUUUGAGAUUACACAAAGGGUGGAAAUGGGCACCAUGGCUGCCAUGUUCUUCAACAGAGUGGGCAUGGUUUUCUUUCACCUGUGUAUCAUCAUCUACCUGUAUGGUGACCUGGCCAUCUAUGCAGCAGCUGUGCCAAAGUCCCUGCGGGAUGUUGUCUGCACAUAUGGAGGCAACAAUGGAACCAGUAAUCAAACAUUAUCUGAUGAUGACCACUGCUGGCCUCAUGUUUCUCUCAACAGAAUGAAUGCAUACAGGAUAUUUGUGGCUGUGUUUGUUUUGCUGCUGGGUCCGUUCACAUUCUUCAAUGUACAGAAGACCAAGUAUCUGCAGAUCCUCACAUCCUUGGCCAGAUGGACAGCCUUCCUGAUGAUGAUAGCACUCACCUGCAUCCGAUUGGCUGAGGGUAAAGGGCAAGGUCACCCAGUGAUUGCUGACAUCGCAGGAGUGCCCAACUUGUUUGGAGUGUGCGUCUACAGCUUCAUGUGCCAUCACUCGCUGCCCUCACUGAUCACCCCCAUCAGAAACAAAUCCCGCCUGCUGUCCGUUCUGGCAGGCAACUACAGCCUGAUUCUGGUCUUCUACUUGGUGCUCAGUUUUACAGCAGUCUUUUCCAUCGGUAACAUCCAAGAUUUGUACUCUCUCAACUUCAGCCCACACGGCACCGAACCUGUGACCUCCGUGGUGCCUAUACAAUAUUUCCUGGCUCUGUUCCCAGUCUUCACGUUGUCCACGAGCUUCCCCAUCAUCUCCAUCACCUUGCGGAAUAACCUCACAGCCAUGCUGACCCCUCGUCAAGGCCACCUGCCCUGGUACGUCCCCAAAGUGGUGUGUCCCCUGCUGGUCCUCAUUCCCCCAGUGGCUGUGGCUCUCGGGACCAACAAAGUGGAAGUGCUGGUGGGAAUUACCGGCUCUUAUGCGGGUGCCGGCAUCCAGUAUGUGAUCCCCGCGGUUCUAGUCUUGUUAGCCCGCAGAGAUACCCUAGCAGUAGCAGGGGGUUAUCUGCACCGAUCUCCGUUCUCACACCGCGCCUGGGUGAUUCUGACCUUGAUCUGGGCCUGCAUAUGUAUCAACUUUGUGACAGUCAAUUACAUCAUUAGCAACCUGUGA